AUGAGUCAGCAGCCUAGUCAAUCGGCUGGCGGGGCCAGAGCCAUUCAGGAUCGCUGGCGCUUCUACGACAUUUGCCUGCUUUUGGAUCAGAUGGAACAGAACCGGCGUGAUAAGAGCAAAAUCCGGGCCCUCUUGACCAAAUCCUUUCAGCAUUGGCGUGCAAGCGCCUCUGACAACGCCGAGAUCGACAAUGCCAUGCCCUUGAUGCGGCUGCUCCUCCCCCAUCUGGAUCUGAAGCGUGGCAGCUACAAUUUGAAAGAGCCAACCAUUUCCAAACUGUACAUUGAAUGCCUCGGCUUGAACAAGGUCACCAGCGCAGAUGCACAGACCCUCAUCAACUGGAAGGAAUCGGGUGGCAAAAAUGCCGGCGUCUUGUACAAGCUCAUUGGAGACAUCAUGAAGAGCCGAGCCGCUGCGAAACCCAGCUUGACGCUGCGUGAAAUCAAUGAGAGCUUGGACCAAUUGGCGGCUGUGGGUCGCGACCGCUACAACCGGCGCCGCCCCGAGGCCAACGAUGUCGCUGGCAACGAUCCAUCCACGGGACCGACGGGUCCCUCACAAGGACCGGGGCGCCGCGGGCGAGCCAGCAAGGAAGGACAGGCGGCCGUUUUGGACCAGCUCAUCAAGCGAGCCACUGCACUUGAACAUCGCUGGCUUGUGGCCAUAAUCCUCCGUGAUCUGAAGUGUGGCUUCAAGGAUACCACCGUCUUCUCCUGCUUUCACGACCAGGCCGAGGAAUUUUAUCAUCGCAAUAGCAACCUCGAGGCUCUAUGCAAGGAGCUACACGGCUCGGGCCACGUGGACCUCAUCAAAAUCCGGCCAGGUGACAGCUGUGGCGUGAUGCUGGCCAAAGCCACCCGCAACAAGGACGACCGUGGCAACACCCUUGACCGCUUGAUUCGCUCCUUUGGUGAUCCCUUUCUGAUGGAGAUCAAGUGGGAUGGCGAGCGCAUCCACUUGCACAAGGAUGGCAGCGAUUGCUGGUAUUUCUCACGCAAUCGCCACGACUUUACCAAUGCCUACUGUACCACUGACACCUCGAAAUCGCACUGGCACAAUGUUCAACCCGCCUUUGCCAAAGGUGUCCAUUCUUGUAUUCUUGACGGUGAAAUGUUGGGCUACAAUACCCGCACACACGAACUCGUGGCCAAGGACGAUAAUUUUGAUGUCAAGGCCCUGGCGCGCCCCAACACGGAAACCAACCUCAAAUACACGCAUGUUGUGCCCUUGUACUUGGUGUGGGACAUUAUUUAUCUGAAUGGUCAUAACCUGCUGGAUAUGAGCAUGAUCGAGCGUCGACGCUUGCUUGAAGCCAACAUCCAGCCCGUUGAAGGCCGUCUACACAUUGUGGAGCUAGAGGUUGGCCACGGCAAAGACGACUUUUUGCGCUUUGCCAAUCAUGUCAUGCAGCAAGGACACGAAGGCGUGAUUGUCAAACGGCAGGAUAGCCGCUACUGCUUGGGCCAACGUGGGGGUGGUUGGUGGAAGUGGAAGCCCGAGUACCACCAGUCUCUACAAGAUACCCUGGACUUGGUCAUUGUGGGCGGCUAUUUUGGAGAAGGAUCACGGCGCUCCGGAGCCAUCUCUCACUUUAUGCUGGCUGUUGCGGAGGACCGCCCACCUGAUGCACCUGCGGGCUGGAAGCCGACCCGUUUUCACUCGUGCUGCAAAGUGGGCACGGGUUACUCGUUUAACGAGCUGGAGCGUGUCCGCCGCAAGCUGGCGCCGCACUGGCACAAGUGGAAGGCGCCUGCUCCGGGCGAUACCCUCAACCCCUGCGGCAUGGGACCUGGUGUGUUCCUCGCCAUGCCCAAUUUCAAGGAGCGACCUGACUAUUGGAUACCUCCGGAUCAAAGCAUUGUGGUGGAAAUGAAGGCCGCUUCGCUCAUUGAAACCAACCAAUUUGCCACUGGCUUGACCCUGCGCUUUCCCCGCCUCGUCAAGUUCCGAGACUCUGAGAAGGACUGGUUUGAAUGUGCCACCAUUUCUGACCUGCGAACCGCUGGUACCCGACACGGCCAACUCGUGUCAGGUGUUCUGGAUGCCGACUCCUUUGGCUCGGGUGACGGCUCGCCGGCCAAGCGUGCCAAACGGGCAGUCCGAGUACAUCAAAACUAUGGUGCAGUCAAUGUGGACGACGUUCAGGUUGAGAUGGACGCUCUAAAGGGCCGUGAGUUUCUGCUUGAUAAGCUCGAGGACACGGGCCCCUUGUCGCGUGAAACCAUCGCGAGCAUGAUCAAGCAGCUAGGGGGGCAGCAGGCCGUAGCCAGCCUCCAGCCAGGAACAAUCGUCAUUUCUGACAGUCUUACCUUUCGCGUUCGGAGUCAGCGUGUCAAGGUCGACGUCGUCAAGCUUGAGCUGUUUGGCGGGGCCUGUGUGGUGGGCAUGGAGCCUCAUGAACAGCGUGUUUCAUUGUUAGGCGACUCUUACGUGGAUGAUCUGGCGGUGGACGAGUUGGAUGACAUUCUGCGCAGCUCUUCAUCCGCCAACCCAUCAAACCGAGCGGUGAUAUCUUGUGACCUGUGCCUCUUUUGCGCCGCGUACCGUGCUUGCACUGUGCGCACCAGUCCGCCAACUCACUCGGCACUUUUCUACCCGCUCGCCACCGUACCCAUCAAGGAUUGUCUUGCUGACAUUGAGGAGUGUCUGCCAUCUUUGCCCGUCUUUCGUGGCACGGUAUUAUAUUUUGAUGUGUUUCGCCAUGUUGUGCUGCGCCAAGCAAGCACGCGUGUGGACUACUCUCCCUUGCUGACACUGCAACUGGAGGCCAAACUUGCCGGGGCCGAACUGGCGCUGGUACUCGAUGAGCGCGUGACGCAUGUGGUGAUGGAUGAGCAUCGCCGAUCUACCCACCGCCUGGAGUUGCAAGCCGCGCUGCAAGAACUGGGUCUGAAUUUGCCGGUGGUGCACGGCGAUUGGGUCAAAGAAUGCCUGGCGCAACGCCAGCAGGUGGAUCUGCGGCCCUACACCCAUCAUGCCUUUUACCGAUUUGACUAG